AUUGGCUGUUUCAGCAGCAUGGCGUUUGAAUGGGAGCAGGAAGACAGUUAGCCGACUAGCCAGGAGGGGCUAACUUCAUAUUUUAAAUGUCUUAAAGCCAUUUAACGACGCCACUUUGAAGUACAUAUAUCUAGCUAUUGACACGAACUUUCGUGCCAGAAUUGGAUUCAGGACGUAACAUUAAAAUAUACGUCUGUCCAGAGAGGCAGGAAUCAUUCUGAUGACGGGGUUCCUCCAGCUGUCAGGAUGCAGCAGAAGAGGAACAUCCAGAUCAUCGAGUGGGAGGACCUGGACAAGAGGAAGUUCUAUUCUUUCGGGGUGUUCAUGACGAUGAGCAUCCGGGCCACGGUCUACCCGGCCACGUUGAUCCGCACCCGGCUGCAGGUCCAGAGGGGAAAGUCUCUCUACAGCGGCACAUUUGACGCCUUCUUUAAGAUCCUGAGAGCGGAGGGCGUGCGAGGUCUUUACCGAGGCUUCAUGGUCAACACCUUCACCCUCAUCUCCGGCCAGGCCUACAUCACCACCUACGAGCUGGUGAGGAAGUACGUCUCCCAGUACUCGGAGGACAACACAGUGAAGUCUCUGGUGGCGGGCGGCUCGGCGUCGCUGGUGGCUCAGAGCAUCACGGUGCCCAUCGAUGUGGUGUCCCAGCAGCUGAUGAUGCAGGGCCAGGGCCAGCACCUCAGCCGCUUCAGGCUCAGCUCCAACUCAGACGCUGGAAAGGCCAAAAAGAAGGUGUUCGGCCAAACCAGGAACAUUAUGGCUCAGAUCUUUGCUGCCGACGGUUUCCGGGGCUUCUACCGGGGAUACGUGGCUUCGUUACUCACCUACAUCCCCAACAGUGCAGUCUGGUGGCCAUUCUACCACUUCUACGCCGAGCAGCUCUCCAAACUGGCUCCCAGUGACUGUCCUCAUCUGGUCCUCCAGGCCAUGGCGGGACCUCUGGCUGCAGCGACGGCGUCCACUGUGACCAACCCGAUGGACGUGGUCCGAGCCAGAGUCCAGGUUGAAGGACGGUCGUCGGUCGUCGAGACGUUCCGGCAGCUGAUCAGAGAGGAAGGAUUCUGGGGUUUGACCAAAGGACUGUCGGCUCGAAUCAUCUCCUCCACGCCCACCGCCAUCGUCAUGGUGGUCGGAUACGAGACGCUGAAGAAACUGAGUCUGAGACCAGAGCUGGUGGACUCCAGGCACUGGUAGAGGAGAACCUGAGAACAUCAGGACUGAUUUUAGAACUCGUCUGAAUGAAACACUGGAGGAGAGAGGGUUUGUUUUUAGCGACAGCCUGAGAACAAAGUGGAGCUGCUGCUUUGAAUAUGAGUCUAAACCUGUAUUUUAACUCAGAACAAACCUUCUCGUGAAGAUCAGUCAUCAGGUUCAUAGUUUAUCUGCUGCUGUUUAGUUGAAGUGAGGAAAGCAACGCUGUGGAAGAUGCAGACCAGCUGACGGGAUUUUAAAUCUAUUCAGUCUUCAGAGCAUCAGUGGAGAUGAUCACUGGGAGAACCAGGAGGUUCCUGAAGGAAGCCCAGAAGAGUUUUAAUCAGAAGACGAACACCUGAACUCACCUGAGCAGUGAACAGAUCUGUGUGUUUGCAGCUUUGUGUCCGUUCUGCACUUCCUUCUGUUGGCCUUUUUGUAUUUUUAAAGCUGCCUUCAUGGUGUCAAAAUCGAGGCAAAUAAUCUGCUUUUUGUUCUUCAUUGAUAAAUAUUGAUAGAAUCUGUAACAUGCAGUUUUUAUGUUGAUUUAAAUCUGUGCUUAUAAAUUCCAUGUAACGCAUUCUACAGGCACAGUUAUUUAUCUGACAUGCUAGUAUUCAGUCUUUAGUGAAUCUUUUGUGGAUCCAGCAGGUUGAUUAAAGGCUGAACUGGUUUGUUGGUAGAAUAUUGAGAUGUUUCAGAGACUAAAGGGCAGUAAACGACUAAAACCGUCUCCCUCUUGUCACACCGUGUGUGUUUGAGUGCAAUAAUGUAAAUGUUUUAUCCUUUCAGCACAAAUUGUGAUUGUAUAUUCCUGUAAGUUGUGUGAAGAACAUGUCUUAAAGAUUUUAAAUAAUUUAUUUCUUUUUUUGGGAUCACGACAACAAAAAGUGUCCAAACUUCAGAAUCUCACAUUGUCCCAUUUAUUUUUGUUGCUUUGUAUGAAUGUUUUAUCAGCUCCAAAUAAAAAAACAAGAAAUCUUAUUUAUAGUGGUGAGAUGUGGCUGAUAGAAGUGGUUUUUAUAGGAUUUAUGCUUAACAUUAGCUGUUAAUCCGUCUGAUGUUGAUUCUUUUAACACAGAAAGCAGAAAUAUUUUGGCUGAUUUCAGUUUAAAU